AUGGAAUACACAUUUGAGGUGGAUGACACGGGUGUUGGGAUUCCAAAAGAUAAACAAAAAUCUGUCUUUGAGUACUUUGUUCAGGUGAAAGAAGAGUCAACUUCUGGAGAAGGUUAUGGCUUGGGACUAGGCAUUGUUCAAUCAAUGGUGAAAUCUGUUGAAGCUGAGGAACAAGAAAACAAUGAGCAACAGCAUGGUCUUAUUCGAAGUUAUCUUUCCCAUCACUUGGGAAUGCAAUUUCGGUUGUCUCCACCAAGAUCAGAGGGAUUUCAUGUUGUCCUAUUCUUAACUGGAGAAAAAAGGAGAAAACUUUUAAGCAGAGUGAUUGACAACAUGAACAUAAAAGUUUCAGAGGUGAGGAGAACCAAUGAACUUGCUCGGUUGCUCGAUAGAAUAAAGGGAAAUUUGGACCUUUCCUCCAGUUCCCUUGAGAAAUAUGCGUUAACCACCGAUGAUACAAAUGAAGUGGCUUCAGACACCAAGGACACACAUGAUCAUAGUACUAGCAAGGACUUAAAAGGAAAGAAAGUUUUGGUGGUUGAUGAUGCGAGAGUACUGCGCAUGUUCACCUCUAAGCUCCUUCGAAAAGAAGGAGCAGGUGUUGAUGUUUGUGAGAAUGGAAGAGAGGCCUAUGAAAAAGUUUUCAAAUCUUUGAAUGACAUGAAGAAUGGUGUUGACAAAACCUAUGAUUUUAGAGUGAUGGAUUGCCAGAUGCCAGUUAUGCAUGGGUAUGAAGCAACAAAGCUAAUACGCGAGGUGGAGAAAAGGCAUGGUAUUCACAUUCCCAUAAUUGCAGUGACUGGCAAUGAUAUGAGUUCCCAUAUUACAGAUGCUGGAAUGGAUUUUCACUUGACUAAACCUCUAAAAAUUGUAGAUUUGUAUGCUCUCUCAUUGCCUAAUUUUGAAUAG